AUGGACACCACCUUCACCCACAUGCAACAAGGCAUCCUGGGUAACGACAGUCUCAGCCUCCACCUCGACCGGCCAGGGUUCCACUCUGACAUCACCAAGCAUGUAGGAGUCCAGACUGCUUUGAUCACAGCGUAUAGUCUGAUCAUCCUACUGGGUCUAGUAGGCAACGCACUUGUCAUCUACAUGAUCAUCCGCUUCCGGAACAUGAGGACAGUCACUAACUUCUUCAUAGCUAACCUGGCCCUGGCCGACCUGUUGGUGGAUACAUUGUGUUUACCGUUCACACUGGUUUAUACCUUGCUCGACGAGUGGAAGUUCGGCGCGGUGCUGUGUCACAUGGUCCCGUUCUCCCAGGCGCUGAGCGUGCACGUAUCGAUCCUGACGCUGACCGUCAUCGCUCUGGAGCGCUACAGGUGUAUCGUGUUCCACCUUGGCCAACGCCUCACCUGGCGAAGCAGCCUGCUCAUCAUGGCUCUCACCUGGACGCUGUCCGCCGUGCUGGCCGGCCCGCUCGCCAUCUUCAGAGAGUACCGUCAGGAGGAGAUCCCGUCCAUCAACCUGAGGAUCUCAGUCUGCUAUGAGAAGUGGCCUUACGGCAGCAGCAGAGACGGAGUCAUUUACAGCCUGUCUAUGUUACUGCUGCAGUACGUGCUGCCACUCUCCAUCAUCAGUUAUGCCUACAUCUGUAUCUGGGUGAAGCUGAAGAACCACGUGAGUCCAGCGAGCCGCAUCGACGCCAUUCAGCGCAGGAAGAAGACCACCAAGAUGCUGGUUAUGGUGGUUGUAGUCUUCGCCACAUGCUGGCUACCCUUCCACGUGUUUCAACUAGCCAGUGACCUAGAUCUGGUCCUCAGCUUAAGACAAUACAAGCUCAUCUAUACACUCUUCCACAUGGUAGCCAUGUGCUCCACCUUCGCCAACCCGCUCCUGUACGGCUGGAUGAAUAAGAACUACAGGAAUGGGUUCCUCAUGGUGUUCAGGUGUGAGGCUAAACCAGACAGUAUUCACCCUGAGGGAUCCUUCAGGACCCGGUCACUAAGGAGGAUGUCUCUGAAUGGAGGACACCCUCCUACGGCCGUCUGA